AUGAGCCCUUCCAAUAACUCGACUUCCCAAUCUCAACGCACGACUUGCUUUCCCCAUCGACGACCCUCCAAAAGCAUGUCUUUGAAUGUUACUCGUGGUACAAAUGGGUUGCUACUUGUACGUAGCUAUCCAAUGAAGCACUCUAAACGCGCUUACCGUCGUACUCUAACACGCUAUCCUACUCCUCCGGCAAGUGAAAAUAAAGAGAACAUUUCAACAGUAUCCAAGGCGUCCUCUGUUAAUUCUGUAAAACGAGCUCUAGCAGUAUCGGAAAUCAUGAAUGAAACCACCGUACUAGAUCUGUUUCAUAUUCCUACCCUGGAUACGGCCCAGGAUAUCACGCGUCGCGUAAAUAAUGAAUUACGUUGACUUGUAAACAAACAAAGCAGAAAAUUCAAUUUCUGUAUAGGAUCUUGUCUUUCGUUUGUUUUUUAAUUGUUUUGUCGUCUUUUUAAAUUAAUCUUAUCAUUGGUUUCUAUAAUGUUGUUAUUAUAAUGCUUUCAAGUUGAAAUGGAAUUUAUUUCAUGGUUUCGACGAAAGAUCCUUUUUCCGUUUCUCAUUCACUGACUCGCUCACUUUCUUUUCGUUUUAAAAACAAAGUUCCGUUUUCUCUUCUUCCUACCUUACCAAAGGAACAAUUGUUUUCCUCACGAAUCUUUCCCUGUUCAUUUCUUUUUUGUAUAGGUCAUUCUUUUCUUUUGUUAUUCAUUCCCUUCCCGCGUCUAUCUUUUCAACUAUAUAUCAU